AACACGGCCCUUCCCCCGCCCAGGAGCCACGCCAGACCGCCGCACUCAGAGGACUGUUUGUUAAUAGUCCAAUUAGAUAAUUGCCAUCUUUCACUCCUUUUGCUCCGCAUUUCCCAUAAAGGAAUGAAUGGGGAGAGCGGCAUGGAGAGGGCUUCUGCCCCGGCAAGGUGACGAGAAGGGCUGGAGCAUGCUCCUUGCACAAGGCCAUGCGCUUGAAUUGAAUCAUUGUAGCCUAAUCAAUGCUCUUAUUGGAUUACUGGCUGUUGCUUUUCUCAAAGAUAUUGUAGCAGAGACAAUGAAAUAGCUAGGGGAAAACUUUUUUUUUUUUUUUAAGCAGAUCUCACAGUUGAGAUUUCUCGGCCGUCUCUCCCUCUCCCCCUCUCUCUCCUGCUGGACUCUCUGAGUACAAAGCUGCCCUUUGAAUGGGCUGCCUCAGGGCUGCUGGAGGUGCAGGCAUGAAAAAAUCCAACUGGAACUAAAUGAAGAGAGGUGGCAGUUUAAGAUGGCUGUCUGCGUGGAGGUGUGUUAAGGAGGAGUUGUUUGGGGGAAAAGCUUGGCUUUUUUAGAGUGCGGGGGAGAUACUUUUCGGGAAAACUUUAUCUCCCCCCCUCUUUCUUCCCCACCCCCCAGGCAACUGCUUUCUUCUGCUGCGGGUGUGUAAGGGUGUUUUUUUUUCUCUUCCCCUCCCACCCCUCAUUCAGUUCUAUCUGGCGAGUGUGGAGAAAACCCCUCUAGCCAGUAUGUGAGCAGGAGGGUCAAAGGCAAAAGGAAAGUUAAUAAUGCCUGCUAAUGGUACUAACAAUUCAGGAUGAAUCUUGUCAAAAGUUUUUCUGGAAGUGUGGGUCUUUGAUUGUGUGUUUCCUCAAAGCAAGACCAAUCAUUUCCGUUUAUUCACUGGCUAAACCCCUACUUGAUUGGGGACAAGGACAGAAACCAUCCAUUACGAUCUGAUAUAUUAUCCAAACAAUUUAGUGUAUUCAUGAGGUAACCGAAACGUGGGGGCUGCGAAAUUACCCGUAAUCAAUUGCAACAGCGAGUGUGCGUCCCCCCGGGUGUAGGACAACUACAACUCGCCGUCUCAGAACAGGCGGGAGCCGCAGCAUUUCGGAGUUGCGCUGUUCGCUACCUGAUCGCCAGGCUGGGGACACUGGACGUGCUCAGAGGACGCGGGUGCUGACGAGGCGGCCUCGCCGCAGCUCUACCGGGAUCCUGGACCAGACUGGCCGCCUCUCCGCGAGCGCGCCACUCUCCCGUCGCCGCUGACCCGCGCGCCGCCGCCGAAGCCGCCCCGCGGGGACAUUCAUUCUUGCCGCUUGCCGGUCGCCGGGCUGGGCAUACGGGCCGCGUUGUCGGGGGUUUUGUCCCCUUUUUCCUCUUUUUUUUUUCUCCUUUUUUUUUUUUUUGUUUUUUUUUUUUUUUUUAUUCUUUUUGUUGUUGUUCUUGCCUAUGUUCGGGAAACCAGACAAAAUGGACGUUCGAUGCCACUCGGACGCCGAGGCUGCCCGGGUCUCGAAGAACGCGCACAAGGAGAGUCGGGAGAGCAAGGGCGCGGAGGGUAACCUCCCAGCCGCCUUCCUCAAGGAGCCGCAGGGCGCCUUCUCUGCGUCCGGCGCUGCUGAGGAUUGUAACAAAAGUAAAUCCAAUUCCGCAGCCGACCCGGAUUACUGCCGCCGGAUCCUGGUCCGAGAUGCCAAGGGGUCCAUCCGAGAGAUCAUCCUGCCCAAGGGCCUGGACCUGGAUCGGCCUAAGAGGACGCGCACGUCCUUCACCGCGGAGCAGCUCUAUCGGCUGGAGAUGGAGUUCCAGCGCUGCCAGUACGUGGUGGGCCGCGAGAGGACCGAGCUCGCCCGGCAGCUCAACCUCUCCGAGACCCAGGUGAAGGUCUGGUUCCAGAACCGGCGCACCAAGCAGAAGAAGGACCAGGGCAAGGACUCGGAGCUACGCUCGGUGGUGUCGGAGACAGCGGCCACGUGCAGCGUGCUACGGCUGCUGGAGCAGGGCCGUCUGCUGUCGCCGCCCGGCCUGCCCACGCUGCUGCCGCCUUGCGCCACGGGCGCUCUCGGCUCCGCGCUGCGCGGGCCCAGCCUACCUGCCCUGGGCGCGGGCGCCGCCGCCGGCUCGGCAGCCGCCGCCGCCGCCGCCGCCGCCCCGGGCCCAGCGGGCGCCGCGUCCCCGCACCCGCCGGCUGUGGGCGGCGCUCCAGGCCCUGGGCCCGCCGGGCCGGGGGCACUGCACGCAGGCGCCCCGGCCGCGGGCCACAGCAUCUUCAGCCUGCCGGUGCCCUCGCUGCUCGGCUCCGUCGCCAGCCGCCUGUCUUCUGCCCCGUUGACAAUGGCUGGUUCGCUAGCUGGGAAUUUGCAAGAACUCUCCGCCCGAUAUCUGAGCUCCUCGGCCUUCGAGCCUUACUCCCGGACCAACAAUAAAGAAGGGGCCGAGAAAAAAGCGCUGGACUGAUUUUAAGUGUUUCCCUGUAUUUAUAUUUAUAGUAUCUAUUGUGGUGAUAUUUAUGGACUCACUCGCGUUAGGUGCCCAGAGCUCCUGCACUGGGCUCCUGGCUCCCACCAGGCCUCAGACAGCUCUCCUUUCCCACCCAGCUCUGCUACCAAUUCCAUCUCAUUUGGGCUAUUUUUUUUCUACCUUUCCUCCAUGAUUCCUCUCCAACCCCCAACUUCCUUCUGAAUCCAGGAGAAAUCCAAAGAAUUGGGGAAAAUGCCCGAGUCAGUCAACCUGAUGCCCCGACCCGUGCCCAGCCUAGGAAAGAAAAUACUGGUUCUAAGUCCAAAGCACAGGACACUUGCUCUAGAUUGGCGGUUGCUGCCGCUGCCGACUAUUCCUAGGAAUAUUUGAAAAAUGAAAACUGCGCGCAGAUCCCAGGGGCUUGUAGGGUUCUUUAGACCAAAAAAGGAGUACGUUCCUUCCUCUUGCCAGAGAAACCAGGGCUUGUGGGAGCUCCUGAGCCCCGCUUUGCGGACCUCUCGAUAUAGUCGGUACACAUGCAGCUUCCUGGCGGGACAAAUCCUGCCGGUUUUCUUCCCUAAAGGGCAAUUCCAAUCACAACAACCCCCGACCCCAGGAAACAGUAACAAACGUCCUGGUGGGCAACGACACUAAUAAAUUUGAUUUAAUCAGCAAUAAAGGCAAUUGCUACGUAAAACCAGGUGAAGUGGAACCAGUUUUUAAAUGCUCGUAAUGAUGAAGUUUGGAAGGUGUAAGAAAAUUCAGGAUAGCGAAUGCCCCUCAGGGCAAUGCAAAAUUAGGGUUCUGAGAGUUGUAACUUUAAACAGGAAUUUAAUGGGGGAAAAGCAAAGGAAAAGCCAACGUCGCUAAUGAAAGAAAAUUCAGAAUCUUUUCUCCGAGCCUGUUGGGGCGGUGGCCGACAGCUUCCCACUCCUUCAGGAAAGAGCAAAGCAGUUCCGGGCGGUAGCUUGGGCGCCCGCGCUUCACCAUACGGCCUCCCAGGCUCAUAGCUUCAGGCACAAUCGCUCGGUUUGGAAAACGAGUCAGCAUUCAUUGUCUCCUGUCUCAAACUCCAGGAUUCACAAAACUCUUCCUGCACACAGGAAACGCUUGGAUUUCUGAGCAGUUCUCUGCGGAAGGGGAGGCAGGGACGCCACUGGGCUGUCGGGCCUUCCCUAGCAGUAGUCUCGGAAUCCGGAUAGCGUCUCCUGUGAUUGAUAGGAAAGACACUCCCUUCGCCUCUCCAGUCUUAGGGUUUCAGUGGUCCCAAGUCAGAACCCGGACCG